AUGAGGGAAGUUAGGGACACUUACCUAGAUCGAAAGGAGAAGUAUGAUGCGUUCAUUGCCCUUAUGAGGGAGUACAAAGAUAAAAGGGUUGAUAAUCUAGGCGUCAUUGCGGGGUUAAAGGAAUUGUUUGUAGGGCAUCUGAACUUGCUUCUUGGUUUCAAUAAGUUUUUGCCCCGAGAGUUUGAAAUCACCCUGGAUGAUGAAGUAGAGGUUGCCCCUGAUGAGACAAUAAAGGAUUUUGAAGAGGGUGUAGGUUUCAUCGAGAAAGUAAAGAAGCGUUUCGGAAGCAACCACCUUGUCUACACUUCUUUUCUAGACCAUUUGCAUGUGUUUAAGUAUGGAGGCCAGAGCGUUGAUGAAGUCUACCGUGAGGUUGCACCAGUUUUCAAGGACCACCCAGAUCUGCUGGUUGAGUUCACCAAAUAUAUUCCAGAAAAUUAA